AUGCGCACCUGGCCGAAACUGGACUCUACGUUGCGCAAACGAUCGAGAGGCACCAGCCCAGUGCGCGUGAUCGCUCGUCCAGCAGUCAGCGACGGAGAGGCGGACCUGUUGAGAUCUGCAAAAACUUCAACCGAAAGCGUUGCAGCCUUGCCCACUGUCGCUACCGCCAUGCCUGCCUCGAGUGCCACGGGAAUCAUCCAGCCGAAGAGUGCCCAGACAAGCUUAACCGGCGUGCCUAGGAACCACGAUACACUCCUGCAUCGUUUUGCACUGGAGCAGUUGGGAGAUGACGAGGAAGUAGUGGCCUGCUACCUCCCGCAAUUUAUGCGAGGAAUGGGAUGGAGAGAAUUCGAGCAAGUGUCAUAUAGCCGAACCGCUCGAUAUACCGAGACCGAUGAACCACUUCCUCGCCCAUCUUCGCAUGAGUUCUCCAAUGCAUCGGCCAUGCGCACCAUCUUGGAGAACCCCGAAUUAUUUCAAGUUCCCCAAGUUAUACGGGUUGACCGCCUCGAAGCCUUGCUGGGCCGCCACCCCAAUCAACUGUUCGUUCGCUCAGUAUUGACUGGCCUCCGCGAGGGUUUCUGGCCUUGGAUUGACACGCACUAUGAUUCCGGUUACCCGUCCACUUGGGACAAUUCUUGGGCUCCACCACCGUCUGAACGCGAACGGGACUUCAUUGCAAGCGCUGGGGGCCCCCGGGCAAUGAUUACAUCCACUAUCCCGUCCAGGCAACCCGUUCGGGAAGCCUGGACACACGAGCGAUUUGAACGCGAACUCGCUGUCGCUCUCAACGCCUCAAUCGACAUCUCAUCCGCCCAUACCUACGGAUCGGCACUCAACUCUUGGAUCGAAUUUUGCCGCAUCAACAAGUUUUCAACGGAACCCACCGAAAAAACCCUGGCCUACUUUGUGGUCUAUCGCUCGACGCACAUCAACCCCAACUCUGUCGACUCAUAUCUAUCAGGUAUCUGCAAUCAGCUUGAAGCUGUUUUCCCCCAAGUUCGUGCGAUGCGUAGAAGUGUUCUCGUGUCUCGCGCCUUGAAAGGGUGCAAACGUAUCCAUGGUCAGCCUGUUAGAAGAAAAAACCCUUUGACCCUCGGACAUCUACGUAAAGCUAUAGACAGCUUACACAGCAUGCCCACCCACGACGAUCUCCUCUUCCUCGCCAUCCUCCUCUCCGGUUUCCACGCGCUUCAUCGUCUUGGCGAAAUGACCAUGCCCGACAACCCCAGACUCCGCAAUCCUCGCAAAUACACGAAACGCGAAUCCGUCACGCUAAAUGCAGAGAGUUACGAGUACUGGCUCCCGGCUCACAAAGCAGAUAUUGCCUUUGAAGGUAACCGCAUCAUAAUCGCAGACCAAGCUGCCCUGAAGUAUUUUCUGCUGUAUCUCAACUCUCGAGACCGACUGCUGCCUUUCAACCCUUAUCUUUGGGCUCGGGAAAACGGCCAGGUACCGCCACGGGCCUGGUUUAUCAAACGCCUAAAACACUUGUUUCCCGACCCCAACAUUGCCGGGCAGUCUCUCCGAGCAGGUGGAGCUACCCACCUUGCAGAAGAUGGUGCACUUCCCCACAUCAUCCAAGCAGCCGGGCGCUGGUCAUCUGAGGCUUUCCAAGUCUACUUGCGCAAACAUCCGAUGGUCCUUCACGCACUCUUACGCGCCGGCGGCAGCGGUAUCCGGCCCUCAUCAUCAUCUUAA